AUGAGCAAAAUAAGAGGGAGUAAUCUAAGAAAAAAAGAUAAUGAUUUUGAUCGCAACAGUAAAUUAUUAAUUAUAAAAGAAGGUGCUCCUAAUGUUGAAAGACAGCUUUUUGAUCCUCACACAGAUCAUCCAAUCCGCUUUAACAAAAAUAAUAAAAGUGACAAUGAACCAAGAAAUAAGGAAACAAAUGGGUCGUAUUGUCAAUCUCCUUCUAGAAAACCAUUAGCCGAUUUUGCUAGAAGACCUCCACCCACUUCUGGAAGACGUUUAUGGACCGCAGACAUUCCUUCAGUCCAUGGUCCACCAAAAUCAAGAAAUGAAGAAAAAUCAAUAAUUCCAAAAAUAGUAUUGUCACCAAAUCCUAAAACAAAGUUAGAGAAAAAGGUGUUAACACCUACUACAAGUCCAAAACUAAUCCAAGCCGAUAUUGUUUCAUUAAACCCAGAGGAAUUACAAAAGGAUGCUCAGCGAAAAAAAUUAAAAUCAUUGGUUGUAAAUCUUCGUACGAUUGAAUCUAAGCUAAAGGAUUUAGUCAUAUCAUCUCGUUCAUUACCUUGUUUUUAUGAUACUAAAGCACUCGAGGAUCAUGAUACACGACGAUCUAAACUAGUGGCUGAAGAGGGGCAAAAUAUACUUACGGAGCAAGAUAUUUUAGAUGCUGAGAAGGUUUGGAAGGAAAAAAUUGACCUUCAUUUAUCUCUUGGUGAAAAAUAUUUAGAGAUUUUGAAAUGCGAUUUCGACUACGCUGAGAAGAAAGGGUUAGAAAGUUUAUGCUGGAAGAAGGCAAUUUACAGCUUGGUAGAUCAGUUUAGAAAGGCAUUGACUAAUAUUACUGAUCAUCUCAAUACUACACCAAUUAAUUCAGCAGAAAUUAAAGAAGAGGAAUGUGUUUCAUCGAAGGGAACGCAAUCUAAUAGUGACUUGGCUACUAUCUUAUUAGAUGAUUGCGCUGUUGAUGAUAGCCUUACAGAAAUGCCAGUUAUUCAUGAGGGCGGUGGAAUGACUUUUGUCAAACUAGAAAACCCAAAGCCAGACAAAAUUGAAGAGAAUAAUCAUAAACUUCGACUGAAGCAAAUGCAUAUUACCCUCACUCUCUUUUUAAAAUAUCUUGAUUUAGCUGACAAUUUCUAUUUACAACUUACUACCUUCUUAAAGGAUAUAGACAAUGAAGAAGAUGAUGAUAUAGAAAAAUAUUUAGUUCAGUGGAGACGAACUAAAAAAUACAAGUGGUAUUCGUGUAUUCCAUUAAGAGGAGAUAUAGCGAGAUAUAGAUGGUCUUCUAUUCCUAAAGAGGAAUACAUACCUCCAGUUCCUUUGGAGAAUGAUAUGGACUAUGAUGAUAUGAAUUCACGUUAUAAAUCUGAAAUCACUAAAUGGACCAAAUCAGAAGCAUUCAAAGAAGCUUGGAAAAGAUAUUUCUUAGGUAUUUGGCUUAUGCCAGCAAAGGGUAAUUUGUACUUUAAUUUAUCCUUGCUCUUACAGCAAUCCCAAUCGUCACAAUCCUUACAAGGCUAUGAAUUUCAUAAACUCUAUUUCAGUAUUCGCAGUUUAAUGGUACGACAUAAUGGAUUCUUAAAUGCUAGGGAAAGUAUACUGGCUCUUUUCGAAGGAAAUAGGCGUUGGAUUAAGAAAUAUCUUGAUUCAAAUACUGCUGGUUCAAAAUCUAAAAAUAAGCGUACUAGCAGUAAAGCAAAGUUAUCAAUUUUGACAGAUAAGAAUUUAAUUAUCCCAGCUUUAUUUAUUCGUCUUCACGGUUUACUUUUUACUAAAAUUGGAUUAGAUGAGCUACCUAGAAUAAAACGGUCGUUUUUUAAUGCGCUCUUUGGAGAUUCAGAACCUCAAAUAAUACAGACUCAAUUUGAACAACUUCAAAUUUCGAAAGAAAAUCCUAAGGAAGAUCAAAGUUCUACUGCAAACGAUCAUAAACAGCUAUCUAUGGAUCAUUUGUUUUGGUUUGAAAUGGUUAUUUUAUGUAUUUCAUCAUUGUAUACUUAUGAUUUUGCCAAUUCAAAGUUGACAAAACUGCUCUCUGUUAAUUCAGCUAGACUAUUUUACUCUAAUGAGAAAGAGGAAUAUCAAGAAUUACUAGAAGAUGUAAAGGAGAAUAUCUUAUUUACUUAUGGGAUCGAUUUGACAUGCCAAAUUGCCACUGAAUUGUUUCAACGAUAUAUUGAUUCACGUCUUCUUUUCCCUACUAUUCCUUCACUCCCUCAUCUACCUUAUGUUUCAUUGAAAUUUAUGGAUAUCAAAGAUUUUUUGUUUGACCCUGUUCAAGAUAAUGAAGGCAAUAGAAUUCAUCUAAAAGAAGAAGAGGAAGAGACGAGGGAGACAGAUAUAUAUGCCUGGCUAAUAUAUAUUGAGACUUUAUUCCAUUGGAUGGUAUUAAACGGUAUAUGUCUUCGCACACAAGAUCAGCCUUCUUUAUGGGAGGCACUGAUAAGUGAUAUUGGCUAUGAUCUUGUUGCAUAUCAAAGGAAAAGAUUUCCAUUAACAGAUAACGGUUCUUAUAAUUCUAAAAUUUCACCUGCUUUUUGGCCUCUCUUGAUUCAAUUUUUAAACAAGCUUUUAUUGGAAAUACCCAAUGAAAUCAAAUAUGAUAUAGUCAACAAGCACUUGAUGGAGGACAACAGUCAAAAGACGACACUAGAUUCUACAUUAGAAUAUUCAUUUUCUAAGAAUAUAAUGUCCAUUAUGGGCUCACAACCUGAUCUUCCAGAAGAGGAUCUUUUAAGAGGCUUAGGCUGGGUGGAUGAUAUACAUGGUAGAUUUUUAAAAUUAGAGCCAGUUAUGGAGGAUACUUGUAAGUUACCAAUUCAUAAUAUUGACAUGAUUACUCGACGAAAGAUAAAGAUUUUGGAAUAUGGAUUUACGUUAGUCAAGCAUUUGGAUGAUCUACUUUAUUAUGACCCAGUAGAAGAAAUAUUUACAGUAUCCAAAUCAAUAGAAAAAAGGGUGUCUACAUUAAAACCUGCUGCAACUUCAGAAUCCUCACUUACUAAGCAGCAGACAGCAGUUGAAAAUUUAUAUGAGGAAAAUACGAUGACGAUAGCAGAAAUAGAAGAUGAUGUAUUAUUAUCGAGUGAAACUGAAUUUGAUGAACAAAAUGAUGGAGAUGAUAUUAUGACACAAUUGAAAAAGAGACGUGAGCAACUUCAGUCUAUUGUAGCUAGUGCAGAAGCAGAAGAACGUUUUGGAUAUCGCCGUUUACCUGCUCGUGCCAUGGAAAGAGAAGCUCGCUUAAAUUACUUACGUGAGCGCAUUAUUCCUGGUAAAACAGUUUUGGUUCUUGAUACAAAUUGUUUUAUUGGGCAUAUUGAGCAUGUUAAAUAUUUACUUGAAUCUCAAAAAUGGUCGAUCGUUAUACCACUUGUUGUUGUUACUGAAUUGGAUGGCUUAAAGACAAACACACAAAAAUUGGGACUUGUAGCUCAACAAGGUAUCGAACUAAUAGAGCAUUCAUUGGCUAAUAAGCCUAAACAAAGUACUUGUUUACGAAUUCAAACAUCACAUAACAAUUUUAUGAAUGAUAUUUCAAUUCGCUCAGAACAAUUUGUAUUUGGAGAAACAGAUAAAAACCUUGAUGAUUUAAUUCUUUCAACAUGUUUAUGGUGGACAUCUCAACAAAACUCAUCAAAUAAUAGUCAUCAAACUGUUCCCGUUUGUUUAAUUACAGGUGAUCGAAAUUUAAGCGUAAAGGCUCGUGCUAGAGACGUUGAAGUAGUACCUGUAUCUGCUAUUAUCCAAUUAACCCCUAAAAAUUAA